CAUUGUUGAAAUCACUCUUGGAUAUUGCUACGAACUGUAGCCAUCACUAUUCUCAUUUGGAUUCAGGAAUACACUUGCCCACAAUGGAUAACUAAAGAUCGUUAACAUAUAAGGUGCUCAUCAAUAACAUUUGGGACACGGACCCAGCGGACUCCGUCGGGUGUAGGAUGUAGGGAUGAUCCCUGUUCCGCGCUUAAAGGGUCAGUCGCAGCUGUGGCAGAUGAACGCAGAGCCGUCUCCUUGGGUAUGGAUGAUCCCCAGCGGCUCGGGACUGUGCCGGGUGGGUGCCGCUGUUCCCGCGCCCCUCUUGCUCUCCGCUCGCCCACCUCCGCUGCUGCAGGGGCUCUCUCGCUGGCAGCUGUCCUGUGAUCCAUUCAUUCCUUUCAUACGAAUCCCCCCAACGACAGAGCCAGCCAUCCAUCAGUUUCCACUUCAAAAUGUCCAGUUCGAUCUCCCAUCAAGACCCCAUGUUCUUGGAUUCCAGCCAUCCGCAAGUGUGGAGCUGGUGCCCGUUUUUCCGCGUGUGUACCGAACGGUGCUCCCCCCACAUUUUAGGAAGGGCUGGGUUGAGAAGAGGGUCCCGGAGUACAAGGUGUACCUGAACAACACGCUCGCUCUGGAGACCACCUGGUUUGCUCCCGAAGAAAUAGGAAUUUUCCAGAGGCAAGAGAAACCACUGCUGGUGACAAAUCAAAUGGCAAUGAGCAUAUCUAGGCCAGCCUCUGCCUCCAGGAAUUUCCACACUCUGCUGGUGUCACCGCGCCGCAUAUCAGGCUGUCCGGUGGCCAUCAAGCGAGUGCGCAGCAACAAGAGGAUGGCGUUGGCGGCGGCCGCCAUGAUGGCCAUGGAGUCGGAGGUGGCCCAGGGGCCGACCGCCUCCUCCGCGCACCCCCUCCACCUCCUCUCGCUGGCCCCCAUCAAGAUCCCCUUCCUCGCUCCUCACCGCCCAGGGGUGCACUCCUCCUGGGAGGGCCUGCUGGGACCCGUGCUGCCAGCGCAGAUUGGCAGGGUGGCCUCGCUGACGGCGCCCGGCGUGGCCCUGAUGGCGGGCGACUGGAAGGAGCAGGGCCCAACAGAUAAGAAGCUGGAGAUGGUGAAGCCGUCGUGCGCAGGGGCGCUGGUGCUACAUACUGAGCAGAAGACGGAGGACAAACGUGUGGACAAGCCCUUCCAGAUCAGCUUGGAGGAGGAGAGUGCCCCUAAAGACCAGCGGCCUGUGGCCUCCACACCUGUUCCUGGAUCUCCCUGGUGCGUGGUGUGGACAGGUGAUGACAGGGUGUUCUUCUUCAAUCCCACAAUGCAACUGUCAGUCUGGGAGAGGCCUGUAGAUUUAAAAGACCGUGGAGAUCUUAAGAGGAUUAUGGAAGAUCCCCCCCAUAAGCGCAAGAAAGACUCAUCAUCAAGGGAUGGCUCAAGUUCCCCCUCAGCGGAUGAUGAUGAUAAUGAUGAAGAUGAGCACAACUCAAAGACCAAAAGGAACAAGGUAGAAGAACCUGAGGACAGUGGGCCGGAUGGCACAGACAAGGAACCAGCGACACUCAGUGGAACAUCAGCCGCUCACAUGGUUCUGCCAUUGGAGCUCCGCAUAGCACACUUCAGGGACAUGCUGCUGGAAAGAGGGGUGUCAGCGUUCUCUACCUGGGAGAAGGAGCUGCACAAAAUUGUGUUUGAUCCAAGAUACCUCCUUCUGAGCUCAGAGGAACGCAAACAGAUCUUCGAUCAGUUUGUGAAAGCCCGAAUAAAGGAGGAACACAAAGAAAGGAAGAGCAAACUGCAGCAGGCGAAAGAAGAAUACCGCAAACUCCUUGAAGAGUCAAAGAUGACCUCCAGGUCAACCUUCAAAGAGUUCUCGGAGAAGUACGGCAGAGACCAGCGUUUUAAACAAGUGCUGAAGAAGAAGGACCAGGAGCUCUUCUUCAACCAGUUUGUCAAUGCACUGAAGAAGCGCGAUAAGGAGAACCGCAUGAGGCUGAGGAAGAUGAGAUGAGGAAGCACAAGCUCCGCCAGGCAUUCAGCUGAGCCAUACAGAUUACUGUGAGAGACAACCGACCACCUUAGGUAAACAAACAGACAGACAAUACAUCCAUGGCUCACAUCACUCCUAAUAGACGAGCAUGCUGGGAAGGCUAACGUUAUGGAGCUAGCGCUAUGCUCCAGCUCUGUGCUAUGUGCUCUGGGACCUGGGAGUAUGGUGCGUUUGUCCUGACACAAUGAACGAACUCUCAGUGAUCAGAUAUGUUUCAUAUUGAAGCUCUAAUGAACAUCAGUAUUUCUCUUGUUUGAGUCAUUGUGACAGACAUGGAUAUUUGGCUGUUCCUUGGUUCUUUAUGCAUUUGUAUAAGGCCCAUACAUGGAUUUGUGUGUGCACCCCUAAUUGUGUACUUGACAUAAGUGUGUGCAGGCUCUGUCACAUCACGGUGGAUGUAGCCUGGUGCAGAAACCCAAAGGAGAAGUGUUAAAGUUUAAGUGUUGGACCUGGCCUUGAAUAGGUAGUCCUGAAGAGUUCUUUGAAAUGUUGUGCAUCGAUGAGUUUUCCAAAUGUUGUCUGAAAAAAAGUGCAUUGUUGCUAAAGUGUCAUAUUGUAAACAGAAAUGUAUUUUGGGAUUACUAAAUAAAGUCAUGUAAAUGCAUAUGUGUCUUUCAAAUCAAUGUAUGUUUAAAUGAAUCAAUGGUGUACAUUAAAGAUGUAAAUGUUGUAAAGGAAGGCUGUUUUACUGUUUUAAAAUAUUGACUUGAUGAUUUGAUGGUAAGAUAAGCUGUCUUGUUUCUUUCUCCUUUU